AUGAAUUCAUUCCAGCAGGCUGCUCCCGCAACGGGCUCAGUGUCUCACUCAGAUGAGCCCCAACCACUUCGUCAUCCCUAUCUUAUCGGUAAUUUUGCACCGAUUCACAAAACCACAAAUCUUACACUGUGUACCUACAGCGGAUGUAUUCCUCCGGAACUUACGGGAGGACAAUAUGUUCGCAAUGGUGGUAAUCCAGUUAGCCAUGAAGAUCUCGGUCGAGAUGCGCAUUGGUUUGAUGGUGAUGGGAUGCUUUCUGGUGUACUCUUCAGAAAGGCGUCUUCAAACGGGCAGAUUGUUCCGGAAUUCGUCAAUCAGUACAUCCUCACCGAUUUAUACUUGUCUCGAAAGACAACUUCGGUUAUGUCACCAAUCAUGCCGAGUAUCACAACCCUCGUCAACCCUCUAUCAUCUUUACUGAAGAUCAUGCUUGCGACAUUCAGAACGAUGUUUCUAGUAUGGCUCUCAAAUCUCCCGGGGUCGCAACAGUCUCUGAAGCGCACCAGUGUCGCCAACACAGCCAUUCUAUAUCACGAUGGCCGGGCGUUAGCAACAUGUGAAAGUGGUCCACCUAUGCGCAUACAGCUUCCUUCACUUGAUACUGUCGGUUGGUACGACGGUCUCCAGGCUGAAGGUGAGCCCGAAAAGAGCUUCUCAGAAGAGAGAGGCGAGCCAUUUGGCGGGGCGGGUCUUUUCAAGUCCAUGAAGGAGUGGACAACAGGACAUCCCAAGGUUGACCAUAUUUCUGGGGAGAUGGUUCUUUAUCACAACACCUUCCUACCACCAUAUGUCCACUACUCAGUCCUCCCGAAGACGGAUGUCGAUGCUCUCAGAAAGCGAAGACUUGUGAACCAACCUGUACCUGGCGUAUCAGGCGCCAAGAUGAUGCAUGAUUUUGGAGCAUCGCGCGCCCACACAGUCAUCAUGGACCUUCCUCUGACCCUCGACCCUUUGAACCUGGCAAGGAACAAGGAGGUGGUCUCAUACGAUUCCUCAAAGCCUUCGCGCUUCGGUGUCUUUCCACGCCAUGAACCUUCGGCUGUAAGAUGGUUCGAGACAGCGCCUUGCUGCAUCUUUCAUACGGCGAAUACCUGGGACACGAAGACUGGUAGCAAGACGAAGUCUAUCCAUCUCUUGGCUUGUCGCAUGACUUCUUCUACCGUGGUGUAUACAGCUGGAAACAUCCUGCCUCCAGUCAUACCAAAGGUGGUAAACCCCAAAUCUGCAAAAACCGAAACGCGCCAGUGGGAUGAGCAGGAUAUCCGUCCAUUCGAGCAAGCACCCAUGCUGGAAUCCCCUAGUGAGAAGAAGGUUCUAGGCGGCGACUACUUUUCACCUGCCGACGAAGCCGAUGACUACGCUCAAUGUCGACUGUACUACUACGAAUUCGACAUGUCUAUCAAGUCAACCAACAAGGUCACCAACCAAUGGGCCCUCUCAUCCAUCCCCUUCGAAUUCCCUUCCGUUCGGCCAGACCGCGAGAUGCAAGACGCUCGUUACAUCUACGGCUGCAGCACAUCAACAUCCUGCUUCGGCGUAGCACUCGGAAGGGCUGACAAGGUAGAUCUUCUCGUCAAGAUGGAUGCCAGGACUCUUAUUGAGCGGGGUAAGAAGAUGAACACCAGGCCGGUGACUGGUUGUGUCGACAGAAGGUCCGUCAAGGAGAUCCUUGAUUCCCAAGACGAGAAGGAUUCUAUCAAGAUCUUCCGCCUUCCUCCGAAGCACUUCGCCCAGGAGCCACGCUUCGUGCCUCGUGCUGGUGCUAUGGAGGAAGACGCUGGCUAUCUACUUUUCUAUGUCUUCGACGAAUCUCAGAUCUUGCCCAACGGGGACUGCCCACCUACCUCUAUGUCGGAACUAUGGAUCGUCGACGCUCAGAACAUGUCUGACGUUGUAGCCAAGGUCAAGCUUCCACAACGAGUGCCAUACGGUCUGCAUGGAACAUGGUUCUCGGCUCAAGAUAUCGAGGAGCAGAGAGCUGUCGAGACACUGAGAAGUUUGGACGAGGUAGAGGUGAAGAAGCAGGAUUGGGUUAAUGGCGGAAGUGUAGCCAGGUCGUGGAUGGCGAUGAGGGAGAAGUUGGAGAGAGCUGUGGGUUGA